AAAAAGAAAAAGAAAGACGUGAAGGAUUAAAAGUUAAAAGGUUGGGGAGAAGGACUUGACAUUGUUGUAGUGAUGAUCUGUGAACAUUUCCGGUAUUCACCACUCUCCUUCUUAUCUUUUUCUUCUCCUCCUUCAACUCGUUACCAUCUCUAUAUACCUUCUUCUUCUUCUUCUUCCUUUUCUGUGUCUUGCUCUCUCAUGGAGAAUCAGGAGACCCACAACAACCAAGGCCGCAGCAAAUUCAUGGACUUUCCGUUCGUUUCAUCUGCCCAGAAGAAUCUUAUGGUUGAUCUCGUCUCAACGCUUGAGAAUCGCUUUCACACUCAGCUUCUUCCUUGCACACUCCCCUCUGAUGUUCAGUAUUAUCAAAGCCAAACUGCCACUGCCCAAGCUUCUCUUCAUAUUAGAGCAGCUCAUAAUGACUCCCCGAUAGAUUUUGUGUUGGGAAGCUGGGUGCAUUCAGAGCUACCAACAGGAGGGUCCUUAGAUAUAACAAGUCUUUCAGCCUAUCUUAACAGCUCAACUGAUGCGCCAAAUUUUGUGUUUGAAAUGAUCCGCAGUAGUCCAACAAUGCUACUUCUCAUUCUUGAUUUGCCUCCCCGGAAAGACCUUGUGCUUUGGCCAGAUGACCUCAAAACUUUCUAUGAGGACACUCAACUAGACAAACAUAGGCAGACUCUGGAGAGAGUUCCAGAGGUUCAACCAUACUUUUCUUCUUCCCUUUACAUCCGCACUGUUUCCUCUCCUACAGCCAUAAUGGUUCGCGUUCUGACGGAAAAUGGCGGAGUGGAACGCAUGGAGGAGAUCAUCAGGGACCAUUUGGACCCCAUUUCCAAGCAAGUGUUGGGGAUCUGGUUGGAUCAUUGUGCUUGUGCCAAGCGAGAAGUGGGAGAGGCAGAAAGAGCUUAUCUGAAAAAAAGGGAUGGUCUCAUUAGAAACAAGACCAUUGAGAUUGAUCUUGGUUCAAGCUUUCCCAGAUUGUUUGGUCCAGAAGUAGCAAACCGGGUACUGGAAGCUAUCAAGGAGUACUUUACUGUCUGAAAUGCAAAUUUAUUUGGAAUUGUUGGAUAUUCUAUGUAUUACAUACAUGUACCUAAUUUGCUGUGUAAUCUAAUGAGGCCUCAGUAUUUUCUGAAUCUCUCUAGUCAAGUAUCAAAUCUGUAAAUGAUUAUGAUCGUUUCUACUUUCUCCCCCAUUAUUGUCUGUGUAUCAAUAAUCAGUUCUCUGCUUGUAUUAUAUAUAUAGCUACUAGGGAUGAUUCAUAUGACAAUAGCACUUAUCUAAUUGCAUC